UAGCUAGAUUAUAGCUAAUGAUGAAAUAGCUACAUUUUCUGAAUUGUGGCUACAUUAGAGUCAAUCAACUGAAAGCCAAAUGGUAUAAUUUCAAGCAAGACAGAGGGGCAAUUAAAAAAGAUUUCUCUCCACUGUCCUCCUUGUGUGAUGUCACCAGUGGCAGAACUGUUGUAAUUGACUUGGUAGGGGUUGAUCAUUUCGUGCCCUGGUGUAGCCUCCCGUGCUCGAAAGUAGAAGGGAGUAGCAUCUUUUACCGAGGCGAUCGUGGCUCCCGAGGCCGCGAUCGAGUACCGCCAAGCCGGACAUCUCACGCCGGAAAAUAUGGAGGCUGUAGCCGACGAGCUGCGGGCCGGCUCUCAGAUUCCGGUUACUAUCGAUCAAAUAGUUAACGAUACACUAGUGGUUACGCUAACCUAUCAAGAAAGGAGCUACAUGGGGAUAUUACUCGAUUGCAACAAAAAGACUGGGCUUUUCUGCCUACCAGAUGUCACGACAAAGCCAAUGGAGUGCCCUGCAUUGAAACCUGGUUGUGAAAUCCCCGAAGUCCUGACAGCGGAGCCGGUGACUAAACCACCCAGCCAGGCUUCACAUCAUAGACCAAAGGAUGAAAACACGCUCCCUGAAAAUGAUCCACUAGGUGCCCAUCUCCCUGCCCCUCUGCCCACACCAGUGCCCGCCGGGCAGGCUCCAUACCCUCCUUAUUUUGAAGGAGCUCCCUUCCCUCAGCCCAUAUGGGUGCGCCACAGCUAUGGUCAAUGGGUACCUCAGCCACCACCGCGAACAAUCAAGAGGAAGAAGAGGCGGACCCGAGAGCCCGGGCAGAUGACCAUGAGCACCAUCAGACUCCGCCCCCGGCAGGUGUUGUGCGAGAAGUGUAAGAACACGCUGAACAGUGACGAGGACAGUAAAGAUGGGAUGCCUACCACCAAGACGUCUAGAAAAGAGAACGCGCCAUACAGUGAUGAAGACUCCAAAGAGGGGUCCAUCAAGUUGGCCAGGAAAGAGGAUGCAGACGCCACCAAGGAUAACAACAAGAGACGGGAGAACGGCCCCACUGGCUACGACGGCAAGCGGCUCCGGAAGGACAAAAGGGAUGAGGAACCAAAGUUCCCUGCAGCGGACAUCAUUCCCCACAGCCCAGUCAUCAAGAUUUCGUACAGCACUCCGCAAGCCAAGGUCGAGGUCAUGAAGAUCCCAGCUCGGGUCCAUGGCUCCGUCAAGCCCUUCUGCCCCAAGCAACUGAUGCAGAACGGCCUGAGAGACCACCAGGGCAAGGUGCCUGAGACCACCACCCUAACCCAGACUCAGGAGCAGCGCCACAUCCUGGACGCCACCAGGACGGGCCUGACCGUGUCCAUUCCCAAACUCAAGCUCCCCAGGCCCCUAACAGCCAGCCUGGACCUCCCCUCCCCAAAGAUCCGCGUGACGACCCUGGGGGACGGAGAGGACAGCCUGACGGUGUACGAGGCAGAGCUGGUAGAGAGGUCAAGGAAGAAAGGCCCCAGGGUGCCAGUCCCUGGUCCCCUGCCCCACUCGGAGGACUCUGAGGAGAAGACCCCCAUGGAGCUGUGGUCAGGGAGCUCCGGAGAGGAGGCAGACCGAGGCCACAGUGACCUCACGCUGCUCAUCAACUUCCGCAAGAGGAAGGCGGACUCCUCCAGCCUGUCUGUGUGCAGCACCGAUAGCCUGGACGAAUCAAAAUCCUUCAGCUCAGACGGCACGCCCCCGGAGCUGUGCGACCUGGCUCCCGGAGAGCACAUCUCAUCUGUGUCUUCCUCGUCGAUCUCGCAAGACAACAGCAAGACUGUGCCGCCGCUCACCGUGCGCCUGCACACGCGCAGCAUGACCAAGUGUGUGACGGAGGAGGGCCAUGCGGUGACCGUGGGAGACGUGGUGUGGGGGAAGAUCCAUGGGUUCCCCUGGUGGCCGGCGAGGGUGCUCCACAUCAGCGGCAGCCGCAAAGAGGAGUCUGUUAACUGCGAAGCCCAGUGGCCAGAGGCUAAGGUGGCCUGGUUUGGCUCACCCACUACCUCCCAGCUCUCCGUUGCCAAACUCUCUCCCUUCCGGGAGUUUUUCAGGUCGCGGUUCAACCGCAAGAAGAAAGGGAUGUACCGGCGAGCCAUUGUGGAAGCUGCCAAGGCUGUGGGCCACAUGAGCCCCGAGAUCACCUCUCUACUCACCUCACACUGCGAAACGUAGAGUCUGAAGACUGAAGAAUGGUCUUCUUUCAAAGGCUUUGCGGAACUCUGACUCUUGAGUCGUCUAUCCCCAGGAGAGAAAGGAAGCGUGUGCAGUUGCUAGGGUCACUAUUUAUACAGUGUCGUCUCCCCCCACCCCCGCUCCCACAUGGCUGGAGGAAAAUGGCCGCCCAGGUGGAGUGUUGUUGACUGGAUAAGGGAGCAAGAAAUGCCAGUCUGAGGCAUCUCAUGGACUACAAGGAACAGUUCUUCAAUUAUUGUAUUUUUAUUUUUAACCAUAUCAAUAGAAACACACUACAAAUCAGAAUGUAUUUAUUAUCUGUAACCAUUUAUUAUCCACAACAAUUUAAGUUGACCUUUUUACAAUUCCUUAAGAUCUCCAUACUGCUGCUUUUGUAAACAUCCUCCCGACCGAUUGGUCGUGAAGUAGUUCAAUGACAACCAGUCAGAGGGCCUCGUCAGGUCUGUUCAGUCCCAGUGCCAUCCUCAUUGGAAGCCCACCCACUUUUUUUUCGAACAGACUGUAUAUCCGCAUUUCUGGUGAAAAGUCUUACACUAAGUUUUUUUACUUUCCAAAUAUGACAAUGUGAAAGUGUUCCAUCCAGAGAUGGUACUGUAGUUUCUUCUAUCAUACCGUGAUUCAUCCUUGUAGCCUUCUUCAGCAGUCCUAGUUGGAAAUGUCGAUGUAAUGUUAUUUAUACGUUUUUCAAACAUUUGUCUCUUCCAUUUUGGUUUGAAUACCUUAGAAGUGUGGUAUGUAUUGGUCGUUGAUGAGAGAUCCCAAAGUUCAUUUCUACUCACUUUCAUUAUUUAAUGUGUCAUUUAAAGAAAAGCACUUUAUCUGUACCUUGGUGGCCUGCUGUAAGCUCAUUGUCCUUUCACUAACUGGAGUUACAGCACUGCCAGGCAGCGGGAGUUCAUAUCACGGUUGACUAUCGAUGGCCUUGGAGAAUACUUUUUUUAUUUAAGUUUUGGGACACCAGAGAUUGAACCUUUCAGGGGUGGUUGUGUACACUGUAUUCUUGCAUUUUUGUCUCGGGUGUGUCUUUGUACAUUCUUUCAACCCACCCUAGUUCUAGCCCCAUCAAAUGUUUCCACUGGAGAAAAUUGUCAAACCCUAUGCAUCAAUUAAAGCUUGAUAGUCACUCGAAAAUGCUGUAAGAAUACUGUGAAUUCAACUCUAGUGUGCUGGUGAAGGGUGCGGGAGAUAGGUGGCUACUCUGUAUGCUCACUACUGGCUACAGGUUGCAGACUGCAGUCCGGAGAGGGAGAGACUGCAGGAUCAACCUUUAUUGACCUUGGAGUUGAAAGCAGCACUGUUGGAAAGAAGGGGGAAGGGAGGGACAGCAGCGGCAGGAACCAUGGGUUGUUCAGUAGGCACCAAACAGAAGAAAACAGGCAAGGACUACCUGGACUUGUCCAAUAGAAAUCGCUUAUUUGAGCUUUCUGUUGCAAAACUCUAAUGAACACGAGCCAGAGCUCCUGUAGCGUUUUGUGUUCCAUUUUGAAUCCCUUUGGUUUUCAUUGACUCUUUAGGAAGAGUGGGGAAGGAGAGAGUGCCUAGCUCCCCCUUUCACCUGGUUUAUGAUUAAGAUGGAAGCAGAUGUCAGGAAAUUCCUGUAUUUGAUGAGCUACAUGGCUGUCUGCUGUUGCCCACAUUGGUCAAUGUUAUUGGCUAUUUUCUGUUAGAUUUUUUUUUACAUGUACAUAAAAUAAAAUAUACUGGCAAUA